UUUCCCGAACCUAACGUAUUCAAUAGACCAUUUUCUUCCUUUUCUUUUACCCUCACUAUUCUGGCGGUGCGGAGUUAUCAACUUUCCACUUUCGCCCAUGGUUUACAUCUCUACUUACUCUAUAUAUAACACAUAUAAAUAAAAGAAGAAAAUGCCACUUAGUUCAAGAAAACACAUCAUUUUAAUUCAAGUUAAUAUAUACCAAACAGCAAUGAGUACUGCUGGUCAGGUCAUUCGCUGCAAAGCUGCGGUUGCAUGGGAAGCCGGAAAGCCAUUGGUAAUUGAAGAAGUGGAUGUGGCACCCCCACAGCAACAUGAAGUUCGCCUCAAGAUUCUUUACACCUCCUUGUGCCACACUGAUGUUUACUUCUGGGAAGCUAAGGGGCAAACACCUCUAUUUCCUCGCAUUUUCGGACAUGAAGCUGGAGGAAUUGUGGAGAGUGUAGGUGAAGGUGUUACAGAUCUCCAACCAGGAGAUCAUGUUCUUCCUGUGUUCACUGGAGAAUGCCAGCAAUGUCGUCACUGUAAAUCAGCGGAAAGCAACAUGUGCGACCUCCUAAGAAUAAAUACAGACCGGGGAGUUAUGAUCAGUGAUGGUCAAACAAGAUUUUCCAAGGAUGGGAAGCCAAUUUACCACUUUGUUGGAACGUCCACCUUUAGUGAAUACACUGUUGCUCAUUCUGGCUGUGUCACCAAGAUUGAUCCACAGGCACCCCUUGACAAAGUUUGUGUCCUGAGUUGCGGAAUAUCAACCGGUCUUGGUGCAACUCUGAAUGUUGCCAAACCUACUAGAGGUUCUAUUGUGGCUAUUUUUGGCUUGGGAGCUGUUGGCCUUGCUGCUGCUGAAGGAGCUAGGAUUUCUGGGGCUUCUAGGAUCAUUGGCAUUGAUUUGAAUCCCAGCAGAUUCGAUUCUGCCAAGAACUUUGGUGUCACAGAAUGUGUGAAUCCAAAAGAUUAUGAUAAGCCUGUCCAGGAGGUGAUAGCUGAGAUGACCGAUGGAGGUGUUGACCGGAGUGUUGAGUGUACUGGAAAUGUUAAUGCUAUGAUCUCUGCUUUUGAAUGUGUUCAUGAUGGUUGGGGUGUGGCUGUACUUGUUGGCGUGCCAAACAAAGACGACGCAUUCAAAACGAAUCCCAUGAAUCUGUUGAAUGAGAGGACACUCAAGGGCACCUUCUUUGGCAACUACAAGCCCAAAACUGACCUCCCAUCUGUGGUGGGCAUGUACAUGAAUAAGGAACUAGAGCUGGAGAAAUUCAUCACCCAGCAAGUACCAUUUACAGAGAUCAACAAAGCAUUUGACUUGAUGCUGAAAGGGGAAAGCCUGCGUUGCAUGAUCACUAUGGGACAUUGAAGAAAUCACAAGUAAGAUCUGUGGGUUGAUCGUAUCCUGCCCCCCUACUACCUCCCUCCUACCUAGUAUUUGUCGUUAGAGUUUGAAUGUAAUAAAAUCGUUCUUUAUUGGGGUAAAUGAUGUAAAGUAGAGUUUGAAGUCAGAACAGAUAUGUUCUGAAAGGCAUGAGUGUACUUCCCAUAAUAUGUAUUAUAAUGUAAUUUGUUUCCAAAGGCUCUGGUUUUGAAUCAUUUCCAUGUUA